GCAGUUACGGACGACUUGCAGGGUUUUCAUUUUGGCAAAAGCUCUAUUGUAGGUUUAUUGCCGCCCAGUUUGGAGAACGCGGAGACAGCUGAGAAGGUCAAGGUGAUUGAAGGAUGGCGGUGGUGGUCUUGCUGGGGCUCAGCUGGUUCUGUGCCCCCCUGAGUGCUCUGGUUUUGGACUUCAACAACAUCAAGAGCUCUGCCGACGUGCACGGGGCUCGGAAGGGUUCACAGUGCUUGUCUGACAAGGACUGCAGUUCCAGAAAAUUCUGCCUCAAGCCUCAAGAUGAGAGGCCAUUCUGUGCUACAUGUCGCGGGUUACGAAGGAGGUGCCAACGUAAUGCCAUGUGCUGUCCUGGAACACUGUGCAUGAAUGAUGUUUGUACUACAAUGGAAGAUGCAACCCCAAUAUUGGAAAGGCAGAUGGAUGACCAAGAUGAUAUAGAAACAAAAGGAACAACUGAGCAUCCAAUUCAGGAAAACAAACCCAAAAGAAAGCCAAAUAUUAAGAAACCACAAGGCGGGAAGGGACAAGAGGGAGAAAGAUGCCUUAGAACUUUGGACUGUGGAGCUGGACUCUGCUGUGCUCGUCAUUUCUGGACUAAAAUUUGUAAGCCAGUUCUAUUGGAGGGACAGGUCUGCUCUAGGAGAGGGCAUAAAGAUACCGCUCAGGCUCCAGAAAUCUUCCAGCGCUGUGACUGUGGUCCUGGACUAAUAUGUCGAAAUCAAGUGACUGGCAACCAACAACACACACGGUUAAGAGUAUGCCAAAAAAUCUAA